AUGGCCAACUUUCUUGAAGCCGAAGCCGCGCAAAGAUACAAGAACGCCGAGAAAGCUACUGGCCCUUAUGCCAAAACCAUCGUCGGACAAUCCGGGAUAGUUGCGCAUCUGGACUCAGGAGCUGAAGCCAAUGUUCUCGACUUUGCAUGCGGAACUGGAGUCGUAGUACAGAAACUCUAUGACACUAUACCAAAGGAAAGAUGGGGACAGCUGAAAGUACUAGGCGCUGAUAUUAGCCCACCGAUGUUGGAAUACUUAAAAGCGCGAGGAGAGACGCAAGGAUGGAUGGGGCUAGAGACGAAAAUUGUAGAUGGAAACGGCGACUUUACACAGGCUCUACCCAAGUCCUCGUUCACGCACAUAUUUGUCACAUUCGCUCUGAACAUGCUCCCAGAACAGACACUCUCGCACUUGUGUUCUCUCCUACGCCCAGGUGGCUUCAUAGCAUUAGCGACAUGGUCUGCCAUGCCCUGGCAUAGUCUCCUUACUCGCAGCAUCGCGCUCAUGGACGCACCGCAGCCUUAUCCACCUUCGCACAAGGAGAUUCAGGAGAAACUCUGUGGACCCUGGGCUGCCGAAUCGUACGUGGCACAACGUCUUGAAGCCGCGGGGCUACAGCGAGUAGACACAUGGACGCAGAAGGAGGGCAUACGUGCUGGGGCGCCCAAGGUUUUCAUAGAGAGCAUGCAGUUUCCGCUACAGUUUCUGGCAAAGACAUGGUGGGAGAAAGAGCGAGAGGGCGUCUUGGGGGAGUUGAGUGAUGCUAUGAAGGGGAUCGUAGAAAACGAGACUGGAGAGGACGGUGAACUUCCCUUUGUUGCAUCCAAGAUCAUGUCUGGCACUCGGCCUCUCCUCUCGAACCGCGCGUCCUCGGACAUCAGCGGUGAUCGCGAUAUAGCAGAGGAAGAUGCCCUGCUCACAGGCCAGCGAACAGCGCGCAUGGAGAAAGAGGGACCGCGAUCGUGGAAGUUGUGGAGGGAGAUAGGUCUGUUUGUCUGGGCUGUCAUCGCAACGGCAGCCGUUAUCGUACUCGCCGUCAUCUUCCAACGGGCAGGUUCCGACUCCAAGACUUCACAUGCGAGCGGAAAGAAGAAUCUCAUCUUCAUGGUUUCGGAUGGCAUGGGCCCUACCUCGCUAUCACUCACACGAUCCUUCAUGCAAUACAAGAACGGCGCGCCCUUCAACGAGCAGCUCGUUAUCGAUCAGCACCUCAUCGGACAGUCGCGGACCCGUUCUGCCUCGUCUCUCAUUACCGAUUCAGCGGCGGGUGCGACGGCUUUCUCAUGUGCACAGAAGAGCUACAACGGUGCCAUCUCCGUCACACCCGACCACGAGCCAUGCGGAACGGUGCUGGAAGCGGCCAAGAAGGCUGGGUACAUGACGGGUCUUGUAGUUACUACGAGGAUCACAGAUGCGACACCCGCCUGCUUUGCGGCUCACGUCAACAUGCGAUCAGAGGAGGACCGUAUUGCAGAACAGAUGGUCGGAGACUACCCCCUUGGCCGCGUCGUCGAUCUGAUGUUUGGAGGCGGACGAUGCCACUUCCUGCCCAACUCGACAAUCGACUCCAGCUGUCGCGCGGAUGACAGGGACAUUGUCGACUUGGCCAAGAAGAACGGAUUCAACUACAUCUCGGACCGCGCGGGCUUUGACAGCCUCAAGGGAGGAGCCAGUCUCGACCUGCCAAUGUUGGGACUCUUCGCCGAAACUGACAUCCCGUAUGAAAUCGACCGCCGCAACGAGAACGACAUCUACCCAAGCUUGCACGAGAUGGCUGAGGCUGCCAUGAAGGCGCUCAGUGAUGCAACGAGGGAUAGCGACAAGGGCUUCUUCCUCAUGAUUGAAGGCUCCAGGAUUGACCACGCAGGCCACCACAACGACCCUGCUGCUCAGGUACACGAGGUCCUCGCCUACGACAGGGCCUUUACAAGUGUGCUGGAUUUCAUCAAGAACGAGGAAACCCAGACCGUCAUGGUCUCGACAUCGGAUCACGAGACUGGCGGUCUGGCUGCUGCUCGCCAGCUCCACGCGUCUUACCCUGAAUACCUCUGGUACCCCUCUCCCCUCGCAAAUGCCUCCCAUUCCGCUGAGCGUCUCGCUCUCGAUUAUACAAAGCAUCUGCUUACCGACCCAUCUGCCGAUGAGACGACUGAUUUUGUGCGCGAAUCCAUCACAUCCGGUCUCGGCAUCUACGACUACACCGACAAGGAAGUCUCUGACCUUGUCGCCGAACCUGCCACAGCUUUGUAUCAAUACGCAGACAUGGUAUCCCGUCGUUCACAGACUGGCUGGUCAACCCACGGCCACAGCGGUGCGGACGUCAACAUUUACUCCUCUGACCCCAAGGCUGCCAUGGCACUGGUGGGCAACCACGAGAACACCGAGGUUGGGGACUUUUUGCGCGACUAUUUGGGCGUGGAUGUCGAAUCAGUCACCAAGGAGCUCAGAGAAAAGGGUACUGGGUUGACGGUACUCGACGUGAACGGCACAGAGGUCAGCUGGAUGGGCAAAGUACCUGAGGAUGGGCAAAGACUGGAUGGCCAGACCCAUCUGGCUAGCUAUGGGGGAGAUUUCAAGAAGAGAGGUGACAGUGAUGCCUCGAUGUCACUUCUGUCCCAGUCAGAGCCUCUGACUCAACACUUCUCCUAG